ACGAGAUGUUCUCUUGCUGUGUUCCCACUUCUCGAGGCCGUGGCCCGAGAAACCCGUGCGAUGAGGGGUUGUGGCAGCAAUUUCGACGUUGGUUUUCACCUCACCCCCACCACCCCCAGCCUUGUUGCACACGGCAACCACAGGUAACUCAGGACCACCCAGGACAGAGCUGUUCAGGCCAGGACAGCACCUGGGCUGCCCCAAACACCUUUAUUGGGGAGGGGGAAAUAGUAUGUGAGGGGAGGGCCUAUCAUAAAGUGGUCAGGGUGGGAGGCCUUAUCAUAGUGGUCUUGUCACCUUCACACCUCAGGCCAUGGCUGGCAGGGCGGGAAGAAAUCAUCCAGGCACUCACAGCUGCCCAGAUGUUAUUUCUCAUCCCACAUGCCAGCAUGCCCCGUCCUCUAGGGGGUUUUCUGUGAUGCACGGGUCCAUGUGGUCAAGAGGAGGUCCCGAGGGGCGGAAACAGAGGGAGAGGGACCAGGCAGGGCCCUGAUGCUUGCUCUGCACCUGCCGGGCACUGUCUUUCCAGAGCUCCAAGCACCACAGAGGUCAGAAGUUGCUGAACAAGGUCCUGUACUCCAUCUCCCGCAUGGAGAGACAGGAGGCCAACAGAGGCCGCUGCUGGCCCAGGGUGAAAAAGCCAUCUAAACUGAUCGAGUAUGAUGCCCACGUUGGGUGGAGGGCCCAGGAGAACACGCUGCAGAAGCUGGUGGACAGCCUGGUGCCUGCCUUCCUGGGCUUUGAGCCCUUGUAUGUUCCUGCCUUCCUGAGAACCUACAGAGCUUUUGCCACCACCGGGCAGGUGCUGAACGCACUGUUUAGAAGGUUCCCAUGGUUCCCUCCUACUGAUGAAGUUGUACUCCAGGACGCAGUCAAAUGUGCUAUCUCGUCCAUCCUGGCCACCUGGCUGGAGCAAUAUCCGGAAGAUUUCGAUCAUCCCCCGCAGUACACCAGUCUGCACGUGCUACUGGACUACGCACAGCUCCUCCUGCGUGACUCAGAGCUGGGGCACCGUGGCACCAUGUGCUACUUCUCCUGGGACGAUUGCAGCACCGGGAUCCCACUGAGGCAGAACUAGAGGGGCCAGCGGAAGCUCCAAUUCAACAACAAGAGCUUGUGCCACCUCCAUCUCUGUUGCCAGAUGGAGCUCCACAGCCAGAACAGGCUGGCAUACCAGCUCUGGAAACCUCCAGGGAGCUCACACCAGACCCCGCCGUGGCAACGGCUCCCGCUGCAGAGCCAGCUAAUGCCGCAGAUUCAGAUCCAGACCCCACCGCAGUCUCUGAGCUACUGCAACCUUCUGGGCAGGAAACACCUGUUCCCGGGUCCCAAGAGCUUGAGCUCUGUGCAGCUCCACAGCUGGCACCUGUCCCUGGGCCAGUGCUCACAGCCCCCUCCCUUACUACACAAUAUGUAGUAAUGUUCAUCUUUCUCCUUUACCUCCGCAUAAGAAAUUACUAUUCUGUAUACUAUAAAAUUCACUUUCAAUAAAAUUUCCUAUUUUAACUUUUUAAGGUAAAAAAUAAAAAGAAGCUUAUUGGAGGGAACACACACUGAAAUAUUACUAGGCACUUCAAGCUUAUUUGACGGAAGUCUGUAAACAGGAAUUUAUAGAGCUAAAAUACAUUUGAUGGAAGAAUAAUCAUGCCUGUCGGUAUCCUGACUGUUCACUGUCAGUGGUGAAAUUGUGUUGUUAUUGUUAAGGUAAUCUCAGUAUUCUGCUUUGAGUGCAUAAUUUGUUUCCAGUUGAAAAUUAAGAAUAUGCUGCAAAUUAGCUGUCAGCAAUAGCUGUGUAGCUAUCCUCAAGUCAUAUACGGCAGUAACAAUGAUAAAGAACUUUACUACAUGGUAAGGUGCUUAUUAAAUAUCAAAUUAAGAUUAAUUCUUUAAAGUAGGGUUAAUAUUCUGAAUUAGCCUUCUAUUUUAAAUUCCAGGCAUACUAUCAUGGUAAUUAGUAUGGAUCCAUAAUACAUUAAUAACUCCCUGCUUACAAUUAGGGUAUAUUUUAAGUCAAAUAUUAUUAAUGUUUUAUUAGUGUAUUCUUUUGUGCUGACAUUCUUUUUUUUUUUUAACUUUUAUUUAAUGAAUAUACGUUUCCAAAGUACGAAUAAUGGAUUACUAUGGCUUCCCCCCCAUACCGUCCCUCCCACCCACAACCCUCCCCUUUCCCACUCCCUCUCCCCUUCCAUUCACAUCAAGAUUCAUUUUCGAUUAUCUUAAUAUACAGAAGAUCAGGUUAGUAUACAUUAAGUAAGGAUUUCAACAGUUUUCUCCCACACAGAAACAUAAAGUGAAAAAUAAUAGAUGAUUUUUUUUAAUGAUGAUGAAAUCAGAUCAGACCUAUUGUCAUGUUUAAUCCCAGUGAGAGUCAAGUUGGGAGUUGAUAGUUUCUUUUCUUUUCUUUUCUUUUUUUUUUUUUUUUUUUUACAGAGGAUCAGUUUAGUAUGCAUUAAGUAAAGAUUUCAACAGUUUGCACCCCCAUAGAAACACAGAGUGAAAUAUAUUAUUUGAGUACUCGUUAUAGCAUUAAAUCUCAAUGCACAGCACAUUAAGGACAGAGAUCCUACAUGAGGAGUAAGUGCACAGUGACUCCUGUUGUUGACUUUACCAAUUGACACUCCUGUCUAUGGCAUCAGUAAUCUCCCUAUGCUCCAGUCAUGAGUUUCCAAGGCUAUGGAAGCCCCUUGAGUUCUCCGACUCUUAUCUUGUUUAGACAAGGUCAUAGUCAAAGUGGAGGUUCUCUCCUCCCUUCAGAGAAAGGUACCUCCUUCUUUGAAGACCUGUUCUUUCCACUGAGAUCUCACUCACAGAGAUCUUUUGCCAGAGUGUCUUGGCUUUCCAUGCCUGAAAUACUCUCAUGGGCUUUUCAGCCAGAUCUGAAUGCCUUUAGGGCUGAUUCUGAGGCCAGAGUGCUAUUUAGGGCAUCUGCCAUUCUAUGAGUCUGCUGAGUAUCUCACUUCCCAUGUUGGAUCACUCUCCCCUUUAUUUAUUCUAUCGGUUAGUGUUAGCAGGUACUAGACUUGCUUAUGUGCUCCCUUUGACUCUUAGUCCUUUCAUUAUGAUCAAUUGUGAACUGAAAUUGAUCACUUGGACUAGUGAGAUGGCAUUGGUACAUGCCACCUUGAUGGGAUUAAAUUGGAGUCCCCUGGUAUGUUUCUAACUCUACCAUUUGGGGCAAGUCAGCUUGAGCAUGUCCCAAAUUAUAUAUCUCUUCCCUCUCUUAUUCCUACUCUUAUGUUUAACAGGGAUCACAUUUCAGUUAAAUUUCAACACUUAAGAAUAACUGUGUAUUAAUUACAGAAUUAAACCAGUCAUAUUAAGUAGAACAGACAAAAAAACUACUAAGAGGGAUAAUGUAUUAAGUUGUUCAUUAACAGUCAAGUCACCGUUUCCCAUAGUGUCCAUUCCACUUCAACAGGUUUCCUUUUUGGUGUUCAGUCAGUUGUCACCGAUCAGGGAGAACAUAUGGUAUUUGUCCCUUUGGGACUGGCUUAUUUCACUCAGCAUGAUGUGUUCCAGAUUCCUCCAUUUUGUUGCAAAUGACUGGAUUUCGUUGUUUCUUACA